CGGAUUUACUUGCAACAAAGCCCGCUUAUCCAACCUCCCUUAAAGAAAGGCAAACAAACCACACUUCCGCCGGUGCCUGUCACAAUGGUGCAGUCUGACGCCGAUCUGUUCUUUGACGCAGCAAAGGCCCGGGACCACGAGCACAUGCUGUCUCUGAUCCGAUGCGGAAGAAGCAUCGAUAGAGAGGAUGCGUACGGGUUCUCCGCCCUGCACAAGGCCAUCAGCAAAGACCCUCCCGACCUGGAGGCCGUCAAGCUGCUGCUUCGUUUCGACGCAGGUCCCGGAGAGCUAGGAUUCGGUAAUGAACUGCCUCGACGGAUCACGCCUCUCCACUAUGCCGCCAUCCACGGACAUCCCGAGCUCGCCAAGAUCCUGCUGGCUGCUGGAGCCAACCCCGUGCCCCGGACCCUGGCGCAUUGGAUUACCCCGAUGGAAGAUGCGGUGCGCCACGGCCAUGUGGCAGUUCUCAGGGUGAUCAUCGAACACCACAUGGCAAAGCCAAUUGAGAAUAGACCGACCGAAGGACUGGCGGAUGCCGUCAUUAUGGGUGCCAGUGUGUGGUGUUUCGAGGCCCUGAUCAUUCUUCUGGAAUAUGGCAGGGAGAUGUCGCCGAAAAUCAUCACUCGAGACACACUCAGGCGGGCAUUCUGUGGCGCCAUAGAGCCUGGAAUUUGUGGAAUCGAUUCGGAGUCGGUCGAUAAACGCUUCAGAGAGUCCGGCGAGGACAAUUUGCUGAUCACGCUGACCUUUCUUCUCAACGCCGGCGUCAGAUUCCGUGACGAUGAACUCCAGCGCCUCCUGUAUCUGACGUGCUGUGACACGCGGUAUGAAAACACGGUGCGACUGCUGCUCACGUUCAACCCCACCAUCUGCCACUAUCACUUCUUCGGUGCCAUCGACAGUCAGAACCUCACUCUCGUCAAAGAAAUGAUGACCAGUUAUUCCAUUCUCUAUGACGGGCGUCUUGCCGUUGAAUGCGACACCGAGCCGGAUGUGGUUCAGUUCCUAUACGUCAUUUCGGAGGUGGAGCAUGCGAGACUGGGCGAGAAGUUUAGAAGCAUCCCGAUCAUUCAUUUCGCCGCCUGGGGCUUGCAGAAGGCCACCAUCCAGUAUCUUCUCGAUAACGAUAGCGAGGGCGGCGCCGUGAUUAACAGGAGAGACGAUAGUGGCCGCACUCCGCUGAUGUACGCCUUUGAUGGGACGAUCAGAAACAACUCAUACUCGCGACUCACCGUGAUCGAAUUUAUCAUUGACCACGGCGGCAGCGUGAUCCUUCAAUCGAGCAACGGCCUGACUGCGCUCCACUAUGCCGUUCAACUGGGCUGCCUCGCCAUCGUGAAUCUCAUUCUCGAGUCCGGCGCCGAUCCAGACGUCAAGGCACUCACUAACAGUGACAUGAACGUGGGACAACGGCAGCGGCCCAUCCCCGCGGCCAACUCCCCCUCUACCCGCUGUUGGACCCCAUUGCAUUGCGCUGUCCAGCAUACAAACAUUUCUGUGUUGAUCAUCCGCGCCUUGCUAGAGAACCGAGCUGACCCCGAUGUGCCUGACGCAAACGGCAUGACCCCGUUGAAUAUGAUACUUGCAGAAGGCUGGAAUACCCCUGAGUCUCGGAGGACUCGUUCUUGCGCCGCGAAGUGGCUGCUGCUGUAUGGGGCUGAUCCGGAUAUCCGGGGUAACGAUGGCAAGACAGCUCGGGACUGGGCUUCGGAGCGACGCGUUUCCUUGGAAGACCUCAUCUAUUAAUGAAGACCUGUUCUUGCAAAGGAAAUGAUGGCGUCCACUAUUUUGCCUGGGUUAGUUUGGUGCUUGUGCUUCGAAAGAUCGCCAAUGUUUCUGACAACGGAUUGUUGUGACAUCUGGUUGCAACAUUCUUUUUAUGCUGCUUUAUCG